AGCUCAGACAGACGUCAUUAGUUAGAUACAAGCAGGCAUUCGUAUCGGCGUGAAAAGGGAAUUAGCUCCGUGUUUGGACCCUUCUCCCCGCCUCGGCUGGUAGAGACCCGUGAACACCAUCCUCUCUUAUGCUGUCGCGCUGUUUUUCUCCAGAUUUCUAGCCAUUUUCCCUAAGUCGGAAGCCGAUGUGAGCUACGCAGGACUUCAAUUCCGACGGGGGUUAGCAUUAGCAGCGCUAGCUGGGCAUCGCUUGUUUUGAUAAAAGCCGAGGAUUUCUGGAGCAAACUGUCAGCCAUGGCGGCCGGAGGGACGGGGGGCAACGGCGGGAAAACUUACUCCUUCAAGGUGGUGCUGCUGGGGGAAGGCUGUGUGGGGAAGACGUCGCUGGUGCUGCGAUACUGCGAAAACAAAUUCAACGACAAACACAUCACCACUCUACAGGCGUCCUUCCUCACAAAGAAGCUCAACAUUACAGGGAAGAGAGUUAACUUGGCCAUAUGGGACACGGCCGGUCAGGAGCGUUUUCAUGCGUUAGGUCCCAUCUACUACAGAGACUCCAAUGGAGCCAUACUAGUGUACGACAUCACAGAUGAAGACUCCUUUCAGAAGGUGAAGAACUGGGUGAAAGAGUUGAGGAAAAUGUUGGGGAAUGAGAUUUGUUUAUGUAUAGUAGGUAAUAAAAUAGAUUUGGACAAAGACAGACACGUGUCCGUGGAGGAGGCUGAGAGUUACGCAGAGUCAGUGGGAGCCAAACACUACCACACAUCCGCCAAAAUAAGUAAAGGCAUCGAGGAGCUCUUCCUGGAUCUGUGUAAACGGAUGAUGGACACGGCUCAGGCCGAGGAGAGAUUGAAGGGCAACGGAGCCAGCCAAUCAGCGUCGGGGCGGAGGGGGGUCCAGAUUGUGGACGACGAACCUCAGGCCACACCGGCAGGAGGGUGCUGCUCAUCUGGCUAACGCACACUCAAAUACACACUCACACCGUCAUACACGCUUGCACACAUUUACAGUGUCUCUGUCGUCUGGUUGGUUUGCUCUAAACUCCUGAAGUAAUCUAUGUUCAUUUGCUGCCACCAAUGCUGCAAGGAGCAUAGGAAAUCAUAUUUAAAUUCCUUUACUCUGUAUCCUUUCAAAAUAAAAGUAACCGAAGCCUUUAUAAUUGAACCUGUGUUGUUCAGUGACUAAAUUCUCUAAAAAGCACUUUAUUUACUAUAAUUCUACUAUAACUUGACAGCAAUUUGGAGCAAAACGUAAGUUAGACUAAUAAUCCAGCAUGGCAGAGCUCAGCAAGGACGCUUAGUUGACUAAAUUGAAGAAAGUCCACAGACUGAGCAGCUGGUGCUUCAACAGCUUCACCUGCUGGACUGAAGUCAAACUGCAGAAAAACUGGCUUUUCACAGCUAAGGAUUUAGGAGUGGGACAUGACCCUGACCAGAAUGGCUCAGUGUGCUCUAGCAAAACCCUGCACUGUUAUCUGUUAAAAUAUAGAAACAUUACCAAGGACAAAAACGUCACAUUUGCGUUCACACCUGUUGCUCAAAGAAACCAUCAAACGUUGUUAAUUCAUUUGAUCAUGUUGUGCAGUUCAAACAUCUGCUCCUUCAUCCUCUUUUUCCUCUCAGUGAUAGUUUGUAAAACCGAGAAGGAAAACCGUGCAUGUUUGAUUUCUGUAAAAGGCUUCGUUUGUUGGACUUUUAAAGAACUGGUGAAUAAAAAAAACUGAAGUUAUUAUUUAA